AUGUCGGAUAUCUUGAAGAGCCCAUACGGACUCUCCGUCCGCAGAAACGGCUCCUGCCUCAGCACCGAAGUAGAUUGCGGCCAAACCUGGAAACCUUUCCACGCCUGUUGCCCCGGCGGCACGAAAUGCCCAGCCGGCCAAGACAACGUGAAAUGCUGCGAAUUCGACGCAGAUUGUUCCGAAUUGGUUGAUAACACACAUUGUGCAAACAGCACUGCAAAUGUAUACAAGGCCGAUAAUUGGUUUUGUUGCGCUGAUGGAGAAUCGGCUUUCAAGCGAGAGAAUGGGUAUGUCGGCUGCACCGACGAUCCAUCCACCUUGGACAAACAUUCAAGUAUCUUGAAAAUACGGUAUCAUGCCAGUACCUCAACACCCACGCCAUCGUCGACAAUAUCCAGUACAACGUCGGGCGUCACGACCACUACCAGUACUACACAAUCCUCCCUUUCUCCCGCAGAAGCCACUACCUCUGCAAGCGCGCCGGAGAAUUCGUCUUCAUCAUCCAAUACCGGAGCCAUUGCUGGCGGCGUUGUUGGCGGAGUCGCUGGGUUAGCUAUCCUGGUUGCUCUACUCUGGUUCAUACUCCGUCGCCGAAACCGGGCAAAGAAGAGCUUAGGAGCACCUACGGACCCAAGCCCUCUAAUGUCCAGUGCUCCCGGGUCGAGUGUUCCCGGGUCGAGUGUUCCCGGGUCGAGUGUCCCCGGGUCGAAUAUCGUUGAGUACUACAAUAAAGGCCCCGAAAGCCCGCAAGAGCUCUCGGGUCGGGAGGAAAAUAAGCCCCCUCAAGAGCUUGGUGGUCAAGACGAAAAUAUGGUCCAUGAAUUGCCAUCGCAGACAACAUAUCGGUGA